AUGCCAAUUGUAAACGUCAAGUGGCAAAAGGAGAAGUAUGUCGUCGAAGUCGACACCUCAGCUCCACCAAUGGUGUUCAAAGCUCAGUUGUUCGCUUUGACACAAGUCGUUCCCGAAAGACAAAAAGUCGUGAUUAUGGGACGGACAUUGGGAGAUGACGAAUGGGAAGGGAUCAAUGUGAAGGAGAAUAUGAUGAUUAUGAUGAUGGGAUCUGUUGGCGAAAUUCCAAAGGCUCCAGUCGUUGUCGAGGGGCAAGCGCAGAGCUCCAAUCAACCAACCGAAGAGACAAACACUCUCUACCCAUGUGGACUCUCCAAUCUCGGAAACACCUGCUACUUCAACUCUUGCGUGCAAGUGCUGAAAGAGCUCGACGAGUUGGUGUUGAAACCAUCCGAUGAAAUCAAAAUUCGUGAGCAGAACGAUCGUCUCUGCCAUAAUCUUUCCACUUUGCUCACUCAGCUUCGUGAUAAGGACAGAGCUCUCCGAAGCCAGGGAGAUCCAAUCAAACCGUUCACUUCGGUCAUUAGUCUCUCGGAAGCCUUCCCACAGUUCGAAAAAUUCAAGCAACAAGAUGCCAACGAGUGCUUCGUCGCCAUUUUGAACAACAUUACCAGAAAUUACGGCCGUGCUGGAUUCCCAAUCGAAAAACUUUUCAAAAUUCAGACAGAAACCACAUCGAAAUGUCUCGAAACAGAAGAAGUAGCCGAUGUGAAGACUGAAAGUUUGAAUCAGCUCACUUGUUACGUGAAUCAAGACGUCCGGUUCUUGCAAACUGGAGUCAAGGCUGGUUUCGAGCAAGAUGUUGAGAGAAACAGUGCUCAAUUGGCUCGUGAUGCCAAAUGGCACAAUCACACUCAAAUCUCUCGUCUUCCAAAGUAUUUGACUGUGAAUAUCAACAGAUUCUUCUUCAAAGAGUCCUCGAAAACUAACGCAAAGAUUCUGAAGUCGGUGCAAUUCCCGAUUGCUCUUGAUACUUACGACUUGUGCACCCAGGAGUUGAAGGAUAAACUUGUUGCUCGACGAGGUGAUAUCAAGUUGGAAGAAGAUGCCAAAUUGGAGAGAGAAUUGAGAAAAAAGAUGUUGGAUAAGGAGCAGGGUGACAAGAUUUUCGAUGAUGGAGUUGCGCUGCCAACCGAGUUUGAAAAUGAUCCUGGAUCAAACAACUCUGGAUUCUAUGAGCUUAAGGGUAUUAUCACCCACAAAGGACGUUCCUCCCAAGACGGUCACUACGUCGCUUGGAUCCGCUCCACUGAAGACAACAAAUGGCGGCUGUUCGAUGACGAGCAUGUCACCAUCGUCGACGAGGAGGCUGUUCUGAAGACAUCCGGAGGAGGAGACUGGCACAGUGCCUACGUUCUGAUAUACGAGGCUCGUGUCAUCAAGCAAUUCCCACAAUUGCCACCAGCACCAGUUGUCUCUGCUGAAGCUGAAAAUACUGCCGAUGAGCCAAUGGAAGUGUCAUCGAAACCAUAA